CAGAAAGAGGACACACACACACACACACACACCUACAGGAUGAGGAUGCUGGUACUGGCGCUGUUGGUUUCGGCUUUUGCAUUUGUAUCUGCAUCUGGGUCAAAGUCUAAAUAUCAGUUCACACGUUACCGCCCAUGGAACACGCGGAUGUAUCCAAUGUGGAAAGAUGGAGACCAGAGGUUUAGGAACUCCUGGACUGGUGGUGAAGUAACUUUUGAUGUGUCAAAUGAUUCACCCACCCUCACUGGAGCCAAAGCAACCUUUACUAUUAAUCUAAACUUCCCAAAGAACCAGACCAUGCUCCCUAAUGGUCAGGUGGUCUGGGCACGCAACUGCACCAUCGAUGGGAACCAAUAUCAUGAAGGUCAGCCUGUGUAUCCCAACCAUGACAAUGACUGGACUGGAGUUUUCCCAAAUGGUGUAUCGUUCAAGAAGGGCAAGGACAAGAAGAACCGCUAUGUUUAUGUGUGGAAAGCAUGGGGGCGUUACUGGCAGGUUGCAGAUGGACCAUCGUCCUCCCUCAGUCUCAACACACGUGAUACUCCCCUGGGCUCCUACAACAUGGAGGUUGUCAUCUAUCACUGCCGCAACAAAGACAAGUUCAUCCCUCUCGGCUAUGCCUCCACUGUCUUCACAGUCACAGACCAGGUUCCCUUCAUAAUGUCCCUCUCCCAAGUCAAUGAUGUUAACCAGGCGGACCAGAGCUUCAUCCAGAAGCGAGCCAUCGCUUUCGGUGUCAAGCUCCACGAUCCCAGCCAGUAUCUUGACAAUGCCGACAUCAGCUUCAGCUGGGACUUUGGUGACAGCAGCGGUACUCUGAUCUCCAGAGAGCUCUCCGUCACACACACAUAUCUUGACAUUGGGACGUUUAGACCCCAGGUGGUCCUAAUGGCAACCAUCCCCCAGACGUGUGGAAGUCCCACUGUUGUUGUUCCCAUUGAUGCCUCUGCUGCUUCAGCAGAGGUUGUGGUUACCCCCACUGCUGCAGCUAUCCCAACUGCGCCGGCUGAAGAAGGAGACACAAUAGCUCAAGAUCUCCCUGCAUCUGAUGUUCCUGCACUUGCUGCCUCCUUGCAGCCUCCUGCAGCAGAAGACCAAAACACAGUAGAUGCAGGAACAGCAGUAGUUAUUGUUGCUUCAGUAGCUCCUGAAGUCAAUGCAGCUAUUGUACCAGAUCCCGCCAACACUGUUGUCCCUGCUGCAGGAGCAGAUACUGCAGCCGCGGUCACAGUUGCAACAGCAGUUGGUGAGGUUGUCGAUGCUGCAGCUGAAACUGUAGAGCUGACAGACGCUGCAACAGCUGCUCCAGUUGAAACUGUUGUGGUUGCAGAUGCAGCUGAAGAAAUUGUGCCUGUAAUUGUUGAUACUGCUACUGUUGCCCCUGUUGCAGAGGGAGAAGAAGUUGCAGUUGAGAUUGCUGCCGUUGUCACGGUUGCGCCCGUCGCAGCAGUAGUUACAGAUGUUGCUGCUUCUCCUGCUACUGCUGCUCCUGAGGCAGAGGUUGAGGUCAUUAAUGCUGCUGAUGAUGUUGCUGCAGAGGUUGUCCAGGACGAAACAGAAGCCCCUGUUGAUGACAUUGUAGUCACUGUUGCCACUGAGGACACGGCUGUUGAAGACCCAGCACCAACUGAUGCCGAGGCUGAAAUAGCAGCCACGGAGAAUGCCGUUGCAGCUACUGCAGCUCCUACAGCUGUUGCUGUAGAUCCAUCACAGGUCGCCCUGAUUGUGGCUAAGAGAGACGUAUCAGAGCUGAUAAAUGACUGUAAUGUCUACCGUUAUGGCUCCAUUGCCACCUCUUUAGAUGUUAUCCAGGCUAUUGAAAGUGUAGAGAUUGUACAGAUGUCGGGUGUUUUGUCACUGGCGACUGAGUUGGAUCAGAAUGCUGUGGACGUCACUGUUAUCUGUCAGGGAAGCUUGCCAAGUGAGGUGUGCACAGUCAUUUCAGAUGCUGACUGUGUAACGCCGAUGGAAACCAUCUGUACUGAAGCCAGACCUUCUCCAGACUGUCAAAUGAUCAUUCGUUCUUUCUUCAAUGACACUGGAGUGUUUUGCAUCAAUGUCUCUUUGACUAAUGAUGUCAGUUUUGCUGAAGCAAGUGCCAGAGUCAGCGUGUCACUAGCCUCCACUGGUUCCCCAGCUGGAACUGCCGUCACAGUCCUUGGUGUGAUGGUUCUAGCCUGUGUGGUCUGUUGUUUAGGUUUGAUGUACAGGCGGUUCAAGCAGUACCAGCCACUCAGAGAAGACAAUAAUGGAGGCAGCCCAGGGGUAACAUCGGUGCCUAUGUUGUUGUGGAACUUGUUGAGCAGACAGUCAGCGGGAGAGAGCCGCCCACUGCUUCAUGGGAGGGUUGUUUAAAUAUCAUUAUCGACUUGUGCAUUCAACAUUUACAACAUCUGCUUAAAUAUCUCCUUUAACACUUCAUACUCUCACUGUCAUGUUAUUUUUACUCUCGGUUCAUGUUUAUCCCAGAACCAUUUAAAUGAACCAAGCUACGUUCACCAGCUCCUUAAACAACUAAAUAUGUUGUUCUAGAAGAGAGCACGGUGUGAUACAAAUGUUGAAAUGCUUGAAGAGGAACAUAAUAUUUAUUUUGACCAACAGUAUUUUUUAUUAAUUGGCACUGAUAGUUUAUAGAAGCCAUUCGUUAGUCUCUUACUUGUGGCUUACUUAUAUUUACCCUAUGGAAAAUGAACGAUGACACACUAUCUUUACAAUGUAUUGUAAUCACUCACAUCACAGAGAGUUAUGUUUGCUACUCUGAAAUUAAUAAAAACAAACUCUAUAGAAAA